AUGCAUUAUGCCUACCUAUGUAAAAAAAGUAAACUUUUGCCGGUCUACUGUCUCCAUCUUGCAGCAGCUAACAAACCUCAUCGCCAUUUGCAGAUAUCACAGCAAAUCAGCAUUCAUCUUCUCAUUCCCCUCCAUGGUCAUCUUCAUCAACUACUGCUCUGUCCCAAAUCAUCUCUGUGUGUUUCACUGUGUGUGAGAGAUGCAACGAGAGUGGGCAGACAGAGGAGAGAGAAAGAGAAAAACACCCAUCAAGAUUCACUUCAAUUCAAAAACAUUAAAUUAAAUUUGAGAUCUCGCUAUCUGUCUCCAUUAGGAUACAUACAACUCUCAACUCGGAUUUCCUUAAAAGAAAUCUCAUGUUUUGUUUAUUGUAGACAUACAAAGAAGAAAGCGAAACCCGAAGCUUCAUUUCCCUUUUCUGCGAUUUCUGUUCCUGAAUCCUCACCUGCUGCGCCUCCCAUUCCUUCAAUUCCAGCAUCAAUGGCCGACUUCACUUCAGGAACUGAAAUCGAUAUCACGAAGCACCAACACAGUUCAAGUCGAAAGGUUCUUAUUGGGCUUAUCACAGCUUCGUCUGUGAUGGCAAUCAUCAUAGUGUCCAUCAUGUGUUUGUGGAUAUGCCACAGAAAGAAUAUACACAAAUCAGGCAAAAUCGGUACCAAAAAAUUAGAUUCUUUGAGAGGGCUUCCAUUGAGUUCAUUCGUUAGCAGAACUAACGGUGUUUUCAAAACCAAAAUCGAAAAGGGAUCGGUGGUUGUUAUGGAUUAUAACGUGUUAGAAUCAGCAACAAAUAACUUCGGUGAAAGCGAGAUAUUAGGCGUAGGUGGAUUUGGAUGCGUGUAUAAAGCUCGACUCGAUGAUAAUUUGCAUGUAGCUGUUAAAAGAUUAGAUGGUAUUAGUCAAGACGCCAUUAAAGAAUUCCAGACGGAGGUGGAUCUAUUGAGUAAAAUUCAUCAUUCGAAUAUAAUCACCUUAUUGGGAUAUUGUGUUCAUGAUGAAACCAAGCUUCUUGUUUAUGAACUGAUGCAUAAUGGAUCUUUAGAAAAUCAAUUACAUGGGCCUUCCAGUGGAUCCAAUUUAACAUGGCAUUGCAGGAUGAAGAUUGCUCUAGAUACAGCAAGGGGAUUAGAAUAUUUGCAUGAGAACUGCAAACCAUCGGUGAUUCAUAGAGAUCUGAAAUCAUCUAAUAUCCUUCUGGAUUCCAGCUUCAAUGCUAAGCUUUCAGAUUUUGGUCUUGCUAUAAUGGAUGGGGCCCAGAACAAAAACAACAUUAAGCUUUCAGGGACAUUGGGUUAUGUAGCUCCUGAGUAUCUUUUAGAUGGAAAAUUGACUGAUAAAAGUGACGUUUAUGCAUUUGGAGUUGUACUUUUAGAGCUUUUACUUGGAAGGCGACCUGUAGAAAAAUUAGCAGAAUCUCAAUGCCAAUCUAUUGUCACUUGGGCAAUGCCACAGUUAACAGACAGAUCAAAGCUUCCGAAUAUUGUAGAUCCCGUGAUCAGAUACACAAUGGAUCUCAAGCACCUGUACCAAGUUGCUGCGGUGGCUGUGCUAUGUGUACAACCGGAACCAAGCUACCGGCCAUUAAUAACCGACGUCUUGCAUUCUCUGAUCCCUCUUGUCCCCGUUGAGCUUGGAGGGACUCUAAGACUUACACAAACAAGGCCUUCGGUAUCAGUCGAACCAUGAUUUCCUCAUCUACCUAUUUGUUUAGGUUUUCUUUUUUAUUUUUAUUUUGUGGGUUUUGUUUUUAAAGAUGAAAAAGAGAAGAAAAGGGCAAAGUGAGGGUGUUUAUUAGAAUAUUUAUUUAUUUGGGGGGUAGAUGGGUAAAAAGAUGUAUUUGGNNNGGGGUGGGAAUGGAUAUGUAAACUUGAAAAGGGGAUCCAUAUGUAAAUGAGAGGGGGGGAGGUGUUAUUGGUUUUGGAGUCAUUGUAUGGG